UUUUGUAAUUCGAGUCCAAAAUCUGACAAAAUGACAAAAGGACAACAAGGUAUUCCUCUGCGAUCAAAUGUGGUAAUUAAACCACAAUUUAUCAUCACUGAUUUCUCUUCUGAUGAAGAUGUUGAUUCAGAUGAAAAUGUCAAUGAAAGUUAUGAUACAGAUAAUGAAAAAGGAAAUGAUAAUUAUGAUGGAAAUUUUUUCAAAAAGCAAAGUUUUGAUCAUGAAGGAAUUGUUCCUAUGGAAGUACUUCAAGAAAAUAAACCCAAUUCUUUGAUUGAAAAUGUGACCGAAAAUAAUGCAGAGGAAGAAGAAGAAGAAACGCCUAUUGAGGAGACUGAGGAUGAAAAAAAUAGAAGAAAUUUCUUGGAUUGGAAACAGAAGUUAGAGAAUGGAGAAGAAAAGUGUACAAAAGAAGAAUAUGCUGUGGCCAAACAUCUUCGAUUUAAUAUACCUAUUAAAGAGGCCAAGUUUGUAGCAAUGGGAGAAGAAGUCAAAAGUUUCAUAGCUAAAGAUGCUAUAGAUGCUUUAAUGGAUUCAAAAUGGGCGAAGAAGUCUGAUGGUGAAAUACAGAUCUCGGACAGGAAGUCAUGUGUUCAUCUGAUGAAUACUUUCCUUCAGAAAGGAUUAUUCCACAGAGCAGUAAAAGUGGAGAGAAAGAAAGAUAAAAGUGACAAAGCAAAGAAAAAGAAAAAAGAUGAUGAUGCUAUUGAAGAGGAUAAAAAGUCAAAGAAGGAGAAGAAAAAAGCCAUCACAGAGGGACAGGAUAGUGAGACAAAAACAGAGGAUAAAAAGAAAGACAAGAAGGAUGAAGAUAAAAAAGAGGAAAAAAAAGAAGAAAAAAAAGAAGAAAAGAAGAAGAAAGAAAGAAGACUGAAAUUAAACAUGCAUGAUGACCAAAUUUUCCUUGACGGAGAUAAUAUAUAUGUGUGGAUAUAUGACCCUAUACCAGCAAAGACAUUUUUAAUUGGACUUCUUAUGGUUGUUGGAGCUGUGGGAUUCUGUUUGUUUCCCCUAUGGCCAGAUGAGAUAAGAAUUGGAGUUUACUAUCUUAGUUUAGUAGGAGCUAGUUUUGUUGGAUUUGUUCUAUUUUUAGUUGUUUUGAAACAGAUAUUGUUUUGUUUGUUAUGGUUACUGACAUUUGGAAAAAUACAUUUCUGGCUGUUCCCGAAUUUAACAGAAGAUGUUGGUGUUCUAGAAUCAUUUAAGCCAUUUUAUGAAGUUAAACGACCAGGUGAAACAAAAAAAGCCAAAGACGUUAAAAAAGAAAUGAGAAAACGGAGGGAAAAAGCUCUUGAAAAUGAAGAAACGGAAAGCGAAACACAAGAAAUGGACCCAGAAAAAACAGAAGAACAAGGAUUUGAAAUGGUAUCUCACGAAGAUAUAACUGAAAAUGGGGAUAAAGGUCAAGAUGAGAAUGGCGAGGAAGAUAAAGAUCAUGAAGGAGACGACGAAGAUGUGGGAGAAGAGGAAGACUUUAAAGACAAUGAAACAGGAGACAACUCUGACAAUGGCGAAGAUAAAAAAAAUAAAUGAACAAUUGUGUCCUUGUUUUAAUCUAGUCUGUUAUCAUUUCGGGAAAAUGGAUUUUAUUUCAAUAGAAUAGCAAAAAUGAGGAUAAAUGUGACCCUUGUAAUACGUUUAAAGGUCAAUAUUGGUUCAAUAGAUAUUCAUGUCAUAUGUAGCUUGCAUAAUUUAAAGAAUUUGCCUCACUAAAUGGUUCAAGGGUUAUUUGUGGUGGCCCUUUUUAUUUCCUUGAACCAUUUUAGGAAAUAAAUUAUGGGUCCAUUUUUUUUACUGGUAGAUUUGUAGUCAUAAAAGGAAAGGUUAAUAAAUUAUUGCAUUUCAUUUCAUUGUAUCAUAAAAAAUUGCCACAGAGUUAGAUUUUUAUAUGGAUGUCAUCAAAUAAAAUUUAAAACAAUAGCACGAAUAGCUGUUUUAUAAAUCAGACAUGCUUUAAAUUACAUAGUUGUGAUAAAAUACUAUACAUGAGGGAACCUGCAGUAGGAAGAUAGGGUACCAGUUGAGUAUAGAAGAGAACCAGGGUCUCUUAAACAAUGUAUACAUAAUAUGCCAUUUCAGAAUCUGAAGAACCAUGGGAAAUUUCAUUGUUUUUACCCCAAAAUAAAAAUAACAGCACCCCAUUGGUGGAAUUUUCAUUGUUUACAACAUUUUUAACCAAUCACAGCAUUUUGGUGUACACAUUUGAAAAUGUUACCAAAGAUUCAUCAGAUUCUGAAACAGCCAAUUGCCAAAGUUGCACCUUUAUUUUAAUUUAUAAUCAGGGCUAUCCCAUUAAAAUGAAUGCUGGAGGGUAAGAGGGAAGGUUUUGAUUGUUGAUGUAGUUGUGCAUCAUUUAUGUUUAAAUAUCCUUUGAUGUACAUGCUGUACACACAAUUUCUUAAAGAUAGUAUGUUUGUUAUAUAUUUUUGAAGUUUCUUUAUAACCUCCCACAUUCCUUUUACUGGAAUAUUCCUUAGGGAAUCAGUCAGAGUCAGAAAGUUUAUUUUUAAAUCAAAUAUUAAAGUAAUAAUUAUUUCUGUGUUUAGAACACAGGCUAAAAUUUGAACACUGGAUAUUUAUUAAAAACAAAAACUUUGCCAAAAAAAACCCAUCUUAAAAGCUUACACCUUUUAUCUUAGAAAUAAUUCAGGUCUUGUUUUUUUCAAUGAAUUCAGUUUGGUAUCUUUUAUGAAGUGAACUAAUUUUCUCAAUAUUUUACUUAUUGUACAAAAAAAAUCAUUACAUGAAAAUUAAAAAAGAUGUUAUUACCUGUACUUCUAAGGUAUUUCCUGGCAAUAAUACUGUAUGUACCAUUUCAAGUCUUCAUCAUGAUCAUCAUGUCAUGCUUGUUUUCUGAACAUUUGUAAGCGUUUAUUAGAAUACAACUGCCUCAUGCAUGCACUAUUUUAUUAUUGUUGAAUUAAAGUAGCACAAUACAAAGAUUCUAUAACUCCAACUCCCAAGUUUUAAAAUGCUGUAACUUUCUUUAUACAUGUUAUAAUGCUCGAAAAUUUAUAAAAGUGGUAGUUAUGGAUAGCUAACAGAUUACUCUUUCAAAUAAAUGCAAUGAAAGUAUGAUGCAACAAUUAAAGAAAUGAAAAAGCUAAAUUCAUUAAAGUGAACUGACCGAUAUUUUGCCACUAAAUACAUAAUUAUUGCAUAAUAAAAAUAUUGCAUUUAUUUAAAAGUUUAAUAUUUUAUCUAUCUAUAUAUACCUCUUUUAUUAUUUUGUAUGCAUUCAUAAGAAAGUUACAGCAUUAUAAAGGUUAGUGAUUGGAAGUAAAACAAUUCUUUGUAUUGUGGUACCUUAAAGAAGUAUUGAUUAUUGUAUGCAUCUUAUUUCAUUUUAACAUGUGAUACAAAGAAAUUUGUUGCAUCACAUUUUACUGUUCAUCCUUCAACAUCAACCAAUAACUUAAUUUUGGAUUUGAAAUAUCUUCUGAUUGGCUUAUAGUUUGUUGUCUAUAAACUCACGUACAUAAUUUUGUCAUGAUUUACUCUUUCAAAAUUGAAAUCUAGAAUAAAAUUAUAAUUGUAAUAUUUUUUCUGUUUGUUCAGGAAUAACCUCUAAAAUGUGAUACCCAAUUUAAUAACAAACUGCACUGUUGUCAAGUGUGAACCACUUUUUUGUGUAAUUUUUCAGAGAAAGAAAAAAAACUGUUACAGUCAUUCCAUAAAGUGAUUCUAUGGAAGAUUGUGCAUCAUUAUUUAUUAAAUAAUCUAAAAAAUAAAGAGGAACACACAGCCUUUAGUUAAGCAUUAGAAUCAAGUACUGAGAAUUGGGAUGCAUCUUAUAUCAUUUAAACAUGUGAUAAAGAGAAAAUAGCUGCACCACAUUUUAUUAUUCAUUCUUCAACAUCAACAAAGUGAUAUCAUAGAAGAUAGUGCACCUUUAUUCAUUAUUUGUUAUAUGCCAUCCCAUAAUAUUUAUUAUUAAUUGUAUAUCUAUUCAGUAUUGUCAUUAACAUUUGAAUACAUGUAAUAAAAGAAGGAAGACACAA